UAAGCCCCGCCUCCUCCCAUGCCCCACCCCAAAGGAGGGCGGCUUCCCCUUGCGCCUGUCUGGGCAGGAGGAUAAAGGGGCUCAGAGGGUCCAGGACAGAGGCAGACAGACCUGGCAUGAUGCUGUGGCUGCUGGUCCUGACUCUCCCCUGUCUGGGGGGCUCCGUACCUGUGACCUCAGAUCCUGGCCCAGGGACUGAGCUGGUGGGCAUCGUGGGAGGACAUGAUGCUGCCGAUGGGAAGUGGCCGUGGCAGGUGGGCCUGUGGGUCAGGAAUCAAAUAAGUUCUGAGUGGAUUCUCAAUUGUGGGGGCUCCCUCAUCCAUCCCCAGUGGGUGCUGACCGCUGCCCACUGCAUUCCAGGGAGAAACCCAGUGACUCGGCACAUUAAGGUCCAACUAGGACGAGUUAGACCCUCAGACAGUGACAGUGUGCAGGUGGCCAGGAUCAUCCGCCACCCCAAGUACAGCCUUGGGCAGGGACCAGAAGGUGGGGCGGACGUGGCACUUCUCAAACUGGAGGCCCCCGUGCAACCAUCUAACCUCGUUGGGUUGAUCAGCCUCCCGCCAGCCUCCUCCUCAUUCCCCCCAGGCACACGGUGCUGGGUGACUGGCUGGGGCCACAUUGCUUCUGGAGUGCCGCUGCAGCCGCCUGAAAAUCUGCAGGAGGUGGAGGUCCCCAUGGUGGCGAAUGAGAUCUGUAGGCAGCAAUACCUCAGGAUCAACAAGUUUAUCCAGGACGACAUGCUGUGUGCUGGGAGCGAAGGCCGAGACUCCUGCCAGGGUGACUCUGGGGGCCCCUUGGUCUGUAAAUGGAAGGGUACCUGGGUCCAGGUAGGCGUGGUGAGUUUUGGGCACAAGUGCGGACUUCCCAACUUUCCUGGAGUCUACGCCCGAGUGACAUCCUUCUUGCCUUGGAUCCGCCGUCUUAUUCGUUCCUCUCCUUGA